AUAUUCUCUGCCUUGUUCACUCCAGUUAUCCUAUUGAGCUUAGUAGGCACCCAACGGGAACCAAUCAGCUAGCUCUACGGUAUCUACAAUGUCAUUACCAAGAACAACGCCACAACCCAGCAAUGCCGGUAAUGCCGACUCGUCUUCAAGGGACCUCAAAAAUGUACUUCGAGAACGGCAACAGGGGCGCAGCUUAAGAUCAUGCCUCCCUUGUCGCGAGAGAAAGGUCAAAUGUGACCACCAACUACCAUGUGGCACGUGUAGCAAACGUGGUCAUCCAGACCUGUGUUCCUAUCUGGGUUCUGGUACUCGAAGAUUACGGCUCGGUGCCGACGCCCAUGGCAGCCCUCGCCGUGCGAGGUUACACCAGUCAGCCCAAAGUGAGACGCAGUCCAACGACGGCGUACCGUCAUUUUUGAAUAAUGAUCCUCAUCUAGAUCCGGCUCCGAGGAUAGCCGCGUCAUCCUCUGAAAGAGAAAGAAACUCCAUUCUCAACCAGAACGUUACCAAUAACGCCGAGCCCACGCUGCUAGGAGAUAUCUCAAUCGUUCCGACAGCGCUCGGACUUUCAUCGUCGCCCGCAGGGGAUUUUGAGCGUCGAAAUGCUUACGAGAAGGGUAUUCUACCUUUAUUAGGACUGGAGGACGACGAAGGUGUGCCAACUGCGUUGCCUCACUUCGAUAAUGAAGUCCUCUACAAUUCUCUACCGAGCGAUCAAGAUAUGGUGAGCCUCUUUGAGACUCAUCGAUUGCGCUGCAACCCCUUUCAUAUUAUCACUUAUGACAUUGAAGAGGUCCAGAGCAAGCUUUGUAACUUGAUCAAUACUCGGAAAAAGGCAGGUGCAACGAUGGGGGCACAACUACAGGGCGAUCUUCGAUGGGUCUGCUUGCUCCAUGCAAUACUCGCGGCCGGUGCGCAGUCAUCUGACUUGCCGCUCGAGCGUCGAUUGUCAUUAUCUCAAAGUCACACAACGCGGGCGUUUGAGUCGCUGAGGGCCUCCAACUAUCUAGCAAGUCCAUUUAAAGAAGCUCUGCAGACGUUACUACUACUAAGCUACGUCCUUCAAAACGAUAUGAAACCACAAGCAGCUUGGGUGCUCCAAGGUAGCACUAUUCGUCUUGCACUAUGCCUAGGACUCCAUAAGCAAGCACAUCAGACCAGGAAUUCACCAAUACCAUCUGAUGAGGCGAGACUUUUGCGCCUUGCUAUUGUCUGGCAAGAUACAUUGCUAUCGCUCGCCUUUGAUCGUCCCCCGGCUUCUUAUGACUUCGACUUCGAUGAAGACUUACCAAGCUUACGUUCUGACGCCAUAUCUGGAACGGUCACUUAUCGCCAGGGAAUGUCUUGGAUAAGUCAUCUCGGUCUCCGAUACCUACCACGCCAACACCGGAGAAGCCCGGCUCUAUCGGCCCGUUCUGCGACGGUUUGGCAAGAUCUCGAAUUGAUUGAAGCGAAUGUAUUGCCACAUUUGAAGGAUGCGCAGCUCUGCAGCACGAUACAGGAGAUUCAAGAAUAUUACUCUUUUAGACUCCAUCGCAAUUUCUUCGCAGCAACAGUUUGCCGCCAUUUAGUGUCACCAAAUGGUGCCAUGGAACUAGGUUCUGAUGAUCAGUUAUCCAUAGUGUCUAAGGUCCAAGAUGCUUUGAGGCAUGGUGCGCAGGCUUAUCUGGAUCUACGUUCACUGUCAACCUAUGCCAGGCAUUCCUGGGCAUUCAUCCAUAAUGGUCUAGCUUCGGUGCUAUUGCUUAGCCUCCUCCCAGACACGAGGUGUACAGCUGAAACAAAAAGAUUGCAAGACGACUUCAUCAACGGCCUCAAGGCAUCGACAAGCUCGGACUGUGAUCUAAUGCCGAUCAGCUAUUUGUCAGUCACUCUCAGAAAGGCUUUAAAGGCUCUUGUAAGCCUCCAGAAACUUGCCGAUCAGGAGACCAAUGCUUCACUGCGAGUUCAUAAUACAGUUCCAUUGGGUGGUACGAUACAACCAUUUGAGCAAUCUUGCGACCCGGGUACAGUGAAUGAAAGGCACAUCGAAGUUGAUGGAGAUAACACGAAAGAAAUAGACGCAUGGGCCAUGGGUGGCUGGGAUAUCCCACUUGACUUCGAUAUCUCGCCUCUUCAGACAUUCGAUUAUAUAAUGUCUGAUCCAUACGGCAUAGGCGAUAACAUGUAAACUUCUUACCCUUAGCUAAGCGAAUGCACUGUACGCGUAAAGACCACGAGCGCCGUCAGUGUGCAGGUAGCCCAAAGCUACCAGAGUCAAACAGUUUGCGGACUAUUGUAAAUCAUAUUUCAACCGUGUCUUCGAUGUUACCUAUAGCUCUAGUGAUUGUAAAGCUGC